AUGACAAGCCCGGGUUUUGAAAAUAAUUUUGAUGAUCUUCUCGACCAACCUCCCGUUAAUACUAUUUCAGAAACCUUGACCGAUGUUGACGUGUCAAAUCCUUUCCAGGAUGCUAUAUCUCCUUUAAGGCCCGCUAGUGCCGCUUCCAACUAUCACGAGAAUUCUGAAAGUAGUCAAAGCAGUACCAAAAACAAUGCCACCGCUAAUUCCAACAGCCAAAAGCAAACUAGUAUACCAAAUCCUUUAGAGCACAUUUUAAACGAGGAGUCAACCUCAACUGUGUCACCAGUCAUUACUGUGUAUCGAGAUGGCUUCGGCAAUAGUGCUACUCCAGCUUCGGUUUCUUCGAGAAGUUUGUAUGAACAUAGAGAUCUAGAAGACGUCGAUGUCUCUUCAGUUACCGCUAUAUCUAUUCCUUAUGAUAGUAGGUCUGAAAGUGACGACGGGGAAAGCAAUAGUUUUGACGAAGAAAACUUUAACGGAGGUGCCCCGAUUGAGUACCCUAAUUUUACAACAGCGCAUCAUCAAUCGGAAAAUCAAUACCGUGAUCAAGCUUCUGCGCCAAAAUUUGAAAUAUCAGUAGAAGACCCUCAGCAAAUUGGAGAUACGUUUACUGGGUAUAUUCUAUAUAAUGUCCGAACGAGGACGACGUCGACAAAAUUCAAAAGUCAAGAUUUCACUGUUCGUAGAAGAUAUCGUGACUUUCUAUGGUUAUACAAUCAAUUGACACUGAACAAACCUGGAGUAAUUGUGCCGCCUGUUCCAGAAAAACAUAUUUACGUGCUCGCGUCAGCCCGCUUUCAACACGAGUUUGUUGAAAACCGACGUCAGGCCCUCGAAAAAUGUUUAAAUAAAAUUACCUCGCAUCCAGAACUUCAGGAUGAUCCGGACUUGCAUUUAUUUCUAGAAUCCGAUACUUUUACGACAGAUGUGAAAAGAAAUGAAUCCAAAGGCGUUUUAAGAUCGUUGAGCGACGCAAUGUCAAAUGCAGCUACUUUUAGUAAAUUCACAGAAACGGAUGAGUGGUUUGAGAAUCGUCGUAAUCAAUUAGAUAUACUGGAGUCACAAUUGAAAGCUUUGUUGAAUGGUGCAACUAAAGAAUUUGGUGAGAGCAUGAUGACUCUUGCAUGUGCCGAAUACGAAAAGAAUGACACUGUUGCCAGGAAUUUAACUACUCUUGGCAAUCUUCAGCUCAAGAUAAGAGAACUUCACGAGAUUCAGGCUCAAAAAGAUGUCGUCGCGCUUGAAAAUACUGUUGAAGAGUAUAUCCGACUAAUUGGCUCUAUUAAAGUCGCGUUUAAUUCACGUGCAAAAUGCUAUCAAACGUGGCAAAAUGUACACUAUGAAUUACAAAAAAAGAAGGUGACUUAUGACCGAUUCAAAUCGCAAGGCAAACUUCGUCAUGAGAGAUUAUCCUUGAUGUUAACUGAUAUUGCCGAGACUGAACGUAAAGGCGAGGAUUGCAGACACGAAUUUGAACGUGUCACCAAGCUUAUCAAAGCGGAAAUCGAUCGUUUUGAUAAGGAAAAGGUUGAAGAUUUCAAAAAUUCUCUUGAAAAUUAUUUGGAAUCGAUGGUGCAAACUCAGAAACAGAUUAUUGCACUUUGGGAAUCGUAUUUUAAGGAGAUUGAAAUGGAGAAGAGAUCAUCAGAACAAAUUGCUGUGUCUGCAAAUUAA